AGCGGGACGGGACAGCGGGGCUCUGUAGCCUUGUCCCCUCCUCGGUAUCAUGACUGGAGAGACCCAGCAUGUUUACACCAUCGGCGAUACUGAGGCCGGCCCCAAAGAGCCCGACAAGGACUUUGGCUGUGAAGGCUGCGGGGACAAGGAUGGCAGGGCGCUGGGCGGGGAGGGGACAUCCCCCUUCCCCGGCCCCAAGGACAAGGAGCCCCACAGCCAGAGGGAAGCCGUGAUCCGGCCGCAGCAAGCGGGGAAGAUCGACUUCAAAUCCCUCCAGUGCAAGCCCAAGUUCGGCAAUGACAGCACCUGGGGAGAGGUCAAGGGCAGCCCCCUGUCCUCACCGGGGAAGGGGCGGGCCCGGGAGCGCGGCCGGCGCUCGGCGAAGGGCGAGCGGGGCCACCAGCAGCUCUACCGGCUCAGCAUCGCCGGCACCCGGCCCAGCCCCACCAUCGGCAUCGCCUACCCGCAGCAGAAGGUGACGCCCCCGAAGAAGCCGGAGGUGACCCCCGCGGCCGGCAGCUACCGCUUCCACGUGCCCGGCAUCGCCCAGCGCGACGCCGAGCUCCGGCCGGAGGAAAUCGCCUUCGGCCGCUGCUUCCCCGACGCCGCCGGCGGCCGGACCUCUGCCAGUUAUACCUCACAGCCCGGCCCCAGCCUCGGCCCCAAGGGGCAGCCCCCCGCCGCCGGCAUCCCCCUCAAGAGCCCCGGCACCCAUGGGCAGCUACAUUACUUAGAGUUCCAGGCGAACCGGGCCGAGUCCUGGCCUUCCCCGGAGAAGAGCUUUGCCGGUGCUACCUACGGGAUCUCGGUGCAGAAGCCCAGCUCUUUCUCAGAGGGUGGCAAAGCCUCUGUGCACGGCCUGGGGGCUUUGCCGUGCCAGUUUCCCUUCCAGCUGCUGCAUGAGGCGGGGAAGGAGCCCUUCUGCAGCAGCCAGGAGUACCUGGACGUGGGAAUUGCCGCCACUGCCCAGCUGGCUCCCGCUGCCUUCGCCUUCCACUCGUCCCCCAGAGAGUGGCCAGAGGAGCCGCUGGGUGGGGGCUCCUACGAGAGCGUGUCCCCCGAGGGGAGGCUGUAUGGGCUGCCCCCACAGCCACCGCCACCCUUCCUGCACCCGCCGCCUCCUCCGGCCCUGCACCAUGGCCCCUUGCCCUGCUGCAAGGGCAGGGCCGAGCAUCCCGCCGAGCCCACCGGUGCUCUCCCGUCGUCUGGUGCUAUCGACCAAAACACAAGCACUUUCCAAGAAAACCAAGCUGUUUUUCCGUCUAGUUUACACUCGCCUACCAUGCCAAAGCCGGUGGGGAAGAGGCAAGCCUCAGCCAAGGACGGCGUCCCCGGCCCACGGCUGCUGGCGCAGAGCAGCCCCCUGAGAAGGACCGUGCCACCAAAGUCCCUGUCCCAAGUGCACUUUCAGAGCAAGGCCUAUUGCAGCUCCCCCGCGGGCAGCGGCGGCGCGGGAGCCGUGCCUUUCGAGACGAGCGUUCCCACUACGGCACCCACCCACCCCCGGCUUGUGCAAGCUUGGGAAGGUGCCACGAAGGCGUUUUCUCCCAUGGACCAGAAUUCAGCACCUUAUUCAAACCCUGUUGGAAACCAGUUCUCAUUCGAGUGCCAGUCUGGCCCCGAGCAGAGGCAGCACAGGCAGAAAAAUGCCAGGCUGCCUUGGCAGCAGAUGCACCUCCCUUCUGCAGUGCCCGGUGCCAACAGGCUGGAGCUGUCGAGACACAUCAGCAGCCAGAAGCUCCCCUUCCCCGUGGGCACGUCGGACUGGCAGGGCAGUGGGAAAGCCCAGAAAGGGCCCCCCAUAAGCAAUUCUCCAGGGUACCACAGCAAAAAGCUUUUAUCAGGAGAGAGCCUGCAGAGGGGAGAUCCCAGCAUGACGGGAGCUUUCUCCUUUGAGAGUGGGAAGGAACCAGGGUCUCCUGCCUGCGACUCGAGAAGCAAAGCCCUGUUCUACACUAUGGCUCCAGCAGCUCCUCCUCUCUCAAGGAGCUCAUCGGGCUCAGGGCUGGCCCUGCCACCAUCAGCCUUGGCAGCUGCCUCCCCUUGUGAGUCCCCACUGCCGUCCCCUGUCCCCAACCCCACGUGUGGCAGCACCUGCUCGUCGCUGUCCCCCAUGUCCAGCAGCCCACUCAACUUCGAGGACAGCCAGAUGUCCGGAGCGCUGACCCCCUCGCCCUUCUUCCAGCACCCCUGCCAUGCCAAGGAUGCCAACAAAGCCUUCCACCCCUCCGAGGUUCUGAGUCCCAGCUCGCUUCAUUACCACCACCCAGACUCUGUCAAGUCCUUCAGCUUCCCUCCAGAUGCUCUGAAAGAUGACAGCCUCCUGAAAUGUGCCCCGGGCAGCCCAUUCCACAAACCUGGCGGGGAGGUGGCCAAAGGAUGCUUGGACGGGCUGGAUGGGGAGCAGCCUCCACCACCGUACUCCUCCCAUCACCUGCUGGCCACCUCCCUGAGCAGCGCCAGCCUGGACCAGCUGGACGUGCUGCUGACCUGCAGACAGUGUGACCAGAACUUCGGCAACCUGUCCUCCUUCCUGCAGCACCGCCAGUUCUGCGCCUCCCACCCCUCUGCCCAGGCAGAGCCCAAGGACGCUCCCCGGGCAGCCGAGGGGAGGAAGGUGCUCCCGCCAGAGCCCCCCAAACCCCCCGGCCUGGCCCUCUCUCCAGACCCCCAGGGACAUCUGUUGGCAUUGAACAAGAGUGAUGACUUCUUGCUGGACGGGGAAGGCAAAAGCGAGAGCAAGGAGGAUGCUCUGAAGGGCGGCCUCUUCCACGGCCUGGCCACCAGCUCCCUCCCGCUCAGCGCCUCCGACCUGGACAUCGACGAUGCCAAGCUGGACAGCCUGAUCACCGAGGCCCUCAACGGCCUGGGAUACCAGUCGGAUAACCCGGAGAUCGACAGCAGCUUCAUCGACGUCUUCGCCGAUGAGGAGCUGCCGGGUGUGAAGGCGGCUGGCGGGGGCAUGGCCCACAAGGCCAAGGAAGGGCUGGCCUCAGAGAGCAAAUCCAAGCAGGCAGCGGAGGAGAAGGCAGCAGGAGAGGCCAAGGCUGGCUGCUUUUAUGAAGAUGGCCACCCAGGUGGGGAGCAGGUGAAGAGAGGGGCAGGAAAGCGGCACCUUCACAAAGGAAGGGUGGCACGGAGGGUGGCACCGCAGGAGCCGGAUCCCGCGGCAGAGGGAGCAGAGAGGACAGCCAGGCUGAGGGCAGGCAGGAAGAACAGCAUCCCGCCAGCCAGCAGCUCCAGCCAAAAGCAUCCCAGGAAACUCGGCCAAGACCCUCCGAUGAAGAGCGAGGUGGGGCCAGGCACGGCCAGCAAGAGCUCCAAGCCACCGCGGUUCUCCAUGAAGGACGUGAAGAAGCGGAAGCCCCGAAGUGGGACGUGGAGCAAGGAGCUCAUCCACAAGAUCGUGCAGCAGAAGAACAAGCUCCACAAGCUGCAGGUGAAGAGCAGCAAGCAGGCCCAGUUGCCCCAGGCCACCAAGAGGCCACUGGCAGCCACCAAGGAGGGUGGGCUGAGGGAAUACGACUACGUGUCUGACUCGGAUGAGGAGGGGGCAGAGUGCAGCAAGCCCCGGCGCAGGAAGAAGCGUGGCACGGGGUUCAUGGGGAGGAGCAAGUACAGCUUCAGCAAGAAAGGCCUGGGCAGAACUGAGAGGGCCAGAGAGAAAGACCCAGCCUGGAGCUACAACCGGAAAAAGGAAGGUCAGAAAAGGGAGGCACAGGAGGACGGGGAUGUCCUGAGUCAGGAGGAUGCUGAGAAAGAGCGUUGUGCUGCCAGAGCCCGAAGGAGGAGCAGCCACUCGUCUGCUGGCAGCAACCACAGCAUGCCCAGAGAGAAGGGCACGAGCCCCCGCUGCACUGGUGGGGCCGGUGACAAGGGUGACACCCAGAGGAGGAGGCGCUCGGGCAGCCCAGCCCAUGUGCCAAGGAUUCCCCUCAACCCUCCCCAGCACAGCAGCCCAAAGACGAGCCAGGAGAGCAAAGAGGACAUUCCCAGGGGGAGCAGGAGGUUUGGCUCGGCCAAGCCUUUGCUGGCAGGCUCCAGGACACAGCCGAGUACUGAACCAGAUGUUGCUGCCAUGGACUGUGCAAAGGAGGAGGCGUCACCGCAGCCCCAGGAAAGGCAAAUGCCCAGCACGGCCACCCCAGGCAGGAGCCCUGCCAGCUUCUCCUCCAAGGAGGGGUUGGAAGAGCCCAGAGGAGCAGCAAAGCUUCCUGGUGAGGCAGGAGAGCCCACCCUGCAGCCUCAGGGCUCUCCUGAGCUCACCGUGGACCACCAGAGGCACCGGUUUGCCCCUUUCCCAAGUGAAGGGCUGAAAUACCACACAGAGGAGGCGAUUGCUCCACCCCACAGCGGUAACAAAUCGAGUCCUGGCCGAGGGAGUGCCACCUGCUCGGAAGCAGGAAUCAAAUUCACGAAGGGACAGGGGCUCUGUGACACUCAGAAGGAUUAUCCCAAUCCCACAGCAGCCCCUACCUACGGGGGGGAUGCAGUGGGAAUGAUGCUCGCUGCCAAGACGCCCGAUCCCUAUGCCAGCGGUGACAACACAUUUUUUGAUCCCAAAGGCCUUCCCGGUCACUACGAGGACAACCUCUUCCCAAAGCCCCCAGCCCUGGGCUCCUCCCACAUGGACAACAUGUACCUGUGCCGGGACGACAUCAGCGCCAGCUCCUUCGAGCAGAAACACUCCAGCAUCUCCCCUUUCGCCACGGAGAUGCCGCAGGGCAAAGUGUCCUCCCCUCUCAGCUUUGACUCCUCGUCGAUAUUCGGCGAGCUGCCCGUCUCCGAGUUUGAUCCCUACGAGAGCAAGGAUGGAUAUGUGACACCAUUCCCCUGUCCUGGGAGUGCCCCCCGCAAGCCGCUGCCCUUCGAGCAGCCCUACCCGCCCUUCCUGCCGGAGAAAGACUGGUCCCUCAUGGAGGAGGUGGCUCCCAUGCUGCCAGAAGACAUGACUCAGUUCCACAGCCUCUCCGUGGAGAAGCCACCAGCCAAGAAGUUCCCCGAGGAAGGAGCUGUCCCCAGCAGCCAGCUCUCCCUGCCGCUGCCAGACAGGAUCGCGGAUUACAGCGUGGCUUUCAUGAGCAACAUUUCAGAUGACGAGCUGGAGAUCAAGCGCUUGGUCACGGAGCUGGAAAGCCAACUGCAAACCAGCAAGCUGGACUCCGAGGUGCCCGUCACCCUCCAGAAAUCCGAGCCAAACGUGCCUGUCCACCUGCGAGCACACGGAGCCGAGCGGUUCCCGGUGCUGCCGGGAGAGCCAGAGGCAGGCCAGGAGAAAGGGCUGUUUUUGGCAGGUGAGCUGGGCAGAUCGAGCCUCUGCGUUGGGGAGAGGCUGGCAGGGGAGAAGCCAGACAUGGUGACUGCCCGUGAGUGCUACGAGAGACCCAGGGAGCCCUGGGUGUGCCCGCUGGAGCUGGGCUCGCUGGAAACCGGGAUGGGCAUCCCAGCCCCGCUGGCCACAAACCAUUUCUGCUCCAAAGACAGCAGUGAGCAGCUCCAGGGAGCUGAGGCCACUGAGGAAAGAGACCUCAGGAAGAUGGAAAAUGGGUGUUCUUCCAAAAGUCUGCCUGGCUCGAGCACAACUGACCAAACAGAGGCUCCCACCUACACCGUCCCUGUGACAAAAAGCCCUCCUGUUGUCACCGACUCCGUGUUCCCCGAGACCACGGGUGCAGCAGAAGUAACCAAAGACCCCCUGCCAUCCCUGCCACGCCAGUGCAGUGCCGGGGGCUUCCCUGUGCCAGGGAAAGCAGACACUGAUCCUGCAGAGCUGGAGAAGUUUGAUGCCCAUCUUCCAAACCCUAAACCCCAGCUGGGCUUUCAGCAGGGUCCCGCCCCAGCCUUGGAUCUCGCCUUUUCACCUCAUGUCAAAGAGGUCCCAGAUACGGAAGAAAAACCCUUAAGCAGGACUGAACCCCCCAAAACAGUGAAAAAUGCUGUGGAUCUCAAAGCGGGUGGUGGUGGGCCCGGGCUGGUGGAGGAGAUGGAGGAGAGGAGGAGUCCCAACACCUAUCAAAGCCCUGCACCCAGUGACAGAGCCAGCAAGCCCGAAGUGCUGCUGUUUGAGGUGCUGGGUGUGCCCAAGGAGAGCGACCGCCCUUCCCAGGAGAUGAUGGGGGCAUCCCAGGAGGCCUCUGCCAACCCUCUGCAGCAGCUCCAGCUCUUCGUCGCCCGGACGGUGAAGAACAACGAGGAGGAGCUGUUGAUGCCGUGCUUCCCCGGGCUGCUGGCUCCCAGCCACCCCUGUGCCAGCACCCACAUCCAGACAGAGCACCAGGAGCAGAGUGGUGCUGCCCUGGGAGGAGAAGAUCAGACCCAAGGGGAAGGGGAUCUCCCCACUGGAAGCAGCACUGGAAAUAUUGCUGCUCCAGGGAGAGAGGUGCUUUCUCCCAGUGGAUGUGAGCAGCUGGAGCUGUUGGGUGCAGAGGCCUCUUACCAUGCAAAACAAUCCACGUUGGCAAAGCCGGAGCUGCAAAAUAAUGUAACAGAGCUGCAGCACUUAGCAAAUGAACCCCCAGAGCCGAGGGACAUUAAUAUCCCUGCAGAUGGUGUUUCCCAGGAGCGUGAUGACCUCUCACCACCCAACAGCACCGCCGUGACCUCGCUGCCAGGGCAGGGAAGGAAAGCUGAUCAGCUCAGGGAAGAGCAGGAGGGAGAUAACAACACACUGACCUUGGCAUUUAGGAAACAUGAGCAAUCCCACCCCAGCUGUGGUUUGCUUGAGGAAGAAACGCUGGACAGAGAAGAGGGAGAGAGGCUGGAGAGGGGUUGGGUGGGGAAAGGGGCACAGCACCCGGGCAGUGCUCCCACGAGUCCUGUCAGCCUCCUUGGUCCCUCUGAGGGGGAUCUCCACCAGGAUCACAGCUUGGAGACAGAGAUAAAAGCCAGCACAGUCAGUGAAGGUGUUCCCAGAGAAGGGAAUGGCAAGUCGUCCCUCGAUGGCUGUGAUUACACGGGCGAAUCUCCAGCCAGCCUGCUCUCACCAGCCAAAUAUUCCAGCCUCAAGUGCUUGAGGAGCAGUGGGGCCGAGGGGGAAGAGGUCCCCAGUUUAGGCACUCAGCUCUCGGAUGAGAAGAAAUACAGCUCAUCCCUACCUGCAACACCGAGUUCAUUCGUCACCAAGAGCUGUCCUCCCGAGGCCAGCAGCCAUCACAUCCAUCACACCGUGAGCCCAGCAGAGCAGGGGACAUGGGAAGGGGCACCCACCUUCCCUCCCUCGCUGCAUCACUGCAGGGCUGGGCCGACGGAAGCGGCUGAGGAACAUCCUCAUCACCUGCCUGAUGGUGUUUUGGGCUAUGAAUCACCUGGAAGAGAGGGGACAGUGAGACCCUGCACUCUGCUGCAUGGUGAUGGUCUGCUGGGCUCUGCCUUGGAGAUGGGUGGUCCCCAGGAACCUUCUGGGAAGGACUGUUCUCUUCCCUGCUCGCCGCCUUUCCACCAAAAGAGUGUUGGGAAGGAGGUCCCCGAAAACACCGGUGCUGUGCUGCCAAAUAUUGAAGAAAACCAAGAGUGUGCCAUCACAGACGCAGUCGUUAACUCCACCCCUCCAGAAACCCAGGAUUAUCCAACCCAGCCCACAAAGGAUCUUCUGCCCAUGGACGAAAGGGAGGUCAACCUGAACCAAGAGAACAAGCCUGAGAACUGCUCCCACGUCAGGCAUAAGCAUCAAAGUGAACCAGAGGCUUUGUGCAAUGGUUUUGCUGUUCAGGACAUGUCAGUUGCCAUCAGCAGAGGUCUUACAAGGGCUGGAGAUCUUGGUCCUGCUGAAUUAAAUGGCCACGAGUUUCCAGGGGCAGCAGAGGUGAGGCUUGGUCUUUCCAAAACCACAGAGAGUGAAGGAAAGAGUUUAAAAGGGGAGAAUUCCAAAAGCCAUGGGGCUGCAGAAGCUGGGGGUUGUGAGUUAAGCAGCGUGGACCAAGGAGAGGACUACACACCCAGCAGUACUCCGGACCCAUCCCAAAAUGAACUCCACAAAGGAAGAAAGCCCAAUGGACUCCCGGUGACCUGUGACAUUUGUUCAGCCACUUUCCGGUCCAAGCCCGGCCUGACCAGGCACAAAGCUGUCAAGCACCAGGUGAAGAAUGGUGGUUUGCCACAGGCCAGCAAGACUCCCAGGUCCUCUCUGAUUCCUGCACACAAGACAUCAAAAGCAGCCCAAAAGGUGCCCAGGAGGAGCCUGAAGGCGUCAGUCAAAGACAAAACCUGCAGCUCACAGGUGCUGGCCUCCGCCGUUGAACACAUUCCCAAGAAAAUACUCCCAGACCUGGAGAAAGAGCCCAGCACACAGAUGCAGGAGGUGGUGAGCAGGGUGCUCAGCGACCUCAGCGUGAUCUCCUUGGAGAUGUCCCAGGAGCUGCACCACACACGUGUCCUGCAGAGGGAGGUGAAGGCAAAGGGGCAGCGCCCGGAGGUGAGGGGAUCGGGAGAGGCAGCGACUGGGAAGGAUUCAGGAUGGCGGGUCAGGAAAGGAGAAAAGGGCAGAAGGAGCCAAAGCAAAGGUCUUGGUGAGGAGAACAGCAGUUCUGAGAAGCAGCUCAACAGGAAAGUGAGGCGAAGGAAAGCAAAGGUGUUUCCCAGCAGGAAUGAGCCCUGUGAGCUGGAGAAGAGCACAGGUCCUGCUGCCCUCAGCUCCAGCCUGCCUGAGAUCGUGGAGGGCUUGCACGAGCCAGAGGGUUGCAUCUCCACAGAGGAGCAAAACAGGACCAGCCCAGCCCAGCACGCCGAGCUUGCAGAAGACCCGGGCAGCAGGAUGGGGUCUCUAAAGGAGAUGGUCAGCAAGGAGACAGCCACGGGCACAAUCACCUGUCCUGGGGAGGUUGAAGAUCCGGAUGCAGUGGAAGGCACGCAGGCUUGCAAAAAAUGGAUCAGCGGGUUUGUGGAGCAAGUGGCGAAGGGAUGGGGCAAGGUGGGCACAGAGCAGCAUCGUGGUGCUGAUGGCACAGAGGACAUGGAUGCUGGGACAGGGGACAGUCCUGUGGCAGGCAGUGACACCGGGAAUUGGAGUGGUGCCUUGCAGGGUUCCUCAGCUCCUGCUGAAGGGGCUUUGCUGCUGGAGAACCAUGAUUUGGGAGCCACGCAGAAUGUUUCUGGGCAUGGUGCUCUGCAGAGCACGCCAGGGACCAGCCCUCCUCCUGCAGAGCCAAAGCGGUGGGUGAAGGCAGAUGUGCCACCAGGCAGGGAGCACUGUGGGGACAGCACGGCCUCCUCAGACCUCCAGAGCUUUUUUGAUGAUGAUUCCACCUUCUCCCAGCUGUUCCCCGGGGAUGAGCAGUUUGUCCGGAGGAAGUGCACGCGGGUGUAUGGGAAGCGCAUCAAGAAACCCAAACCUGUCCCCGAGGUCAGCCUGCAGCCAGCGGGGGCCAUCGACCUCUUCACCAUCCGCCUGGCCUCAGAUCUCAGCGACUCCAGCUCCUUCUGUGUCACCAGGGAGGACCCCUGCGAGUACGAGACCAUCUCCGUUGACGAUGCCCUGAUGCUGAACAUGUGUCAUGGCAGCAAGGCAAAGAGCGGAGAUGCUGCUCCAGAUGGAUCUAAAAGCAUCGAGCUGAGGUUGGACCAGGAGGUGACCGACCAAGGGAAGGAGGACAUUGACCUGGAGGACAACAUGCUGACCUUCUUGUGCCAAAACAGCCACAUGGACAACAUCCCCAGCUUGAACAUCUGGGGCAGUCUGGAGAAGGACGGGGAAAGCCUCUCUGCUGAGGACAUGUUUGAGCCUCUGAUGGACCUUGAGGAUGAGCACUCACUCCAAGAAGUGAACUCCGAGCCCCCCGACCUGGCAGAGGAGUCCUACCAUGCCAAAGAUAAUGGGGAUUCAGACUCCCCUGAACUUCACACCAUCGACAUUGAGAUGCUGAAUGCAAAGCUGAAAAUGAGAGACGUGUGCUUCUUCAGCCCCUGCGAGGAUCUUCCUGGCCAUGGCGAGGACAAUGCUUUGAGUUUGAAGCCAAAGUCGGGCAAGCACAGGAGCAAGCUGGAAGAUGGGAAACUGGGGAAAAACCGUGGGGACAUAACCAUCAAAACCAAAGACAAGCAGUACAAAUGCAAAGUCUGCUUCCAGUGGUUCCUGACACUGGGGGAGCUGGACUUCCACAAGCUCUCCCACAACCCUUCCCCUCCUCCCACCUGCUACAUGUGUGUCCAGCGAAAAUUCAGCUCCCGGGAGCAGCUCCGGGACCACCUGAAGGAGAAGCACGCCAGGAACAAAGCCGGGCUGUGGGCGUGCGGGAUGUGCCUGAAGGAGAUCUCCGACGUCUGGAUGUACAACGAGCACCUGCGGGAGCACGCCACGCAGUUCGCGCGCAAGGGCCAGGCGCAGAAGUCGGUGAUGGGCCUGCCGGGCUGCUUCGGGGAGGACAACGCUGCCGUCACACACUUCCUCAACACCAUCAUGUGUCGGAAACCCAGCAGGUCCUCCCGGCACGGCGACCCCAGCAGCCGGCAUGGGGCCAGCAGAGAGAGUAAGAGCCCCAAGGAGGUGCCCCUUGAGCAGGAGAAGGCGAUGAAAGACCCCGUGGAAAGCAGUGUCAAAGUGAAGCCACCUGCACCCAGCUCGUCCAAAGCAUCCUCCAGCCCGUCUCCAGAGCACACGGCGAGAAGUGAAAACGCCCCAAAAUCUGUCCCCAUGCACCCAGACUGCAAGGAUCCUUCCCGGGACUGCCAUCACUGUGGCAAACAGUUCCCCAAACCCUUCAAGCUCCAGCGGCACUUGGUGGUGCACAGCUUGCAGAAGAUUUACUUGUGCCACAAGUGCCCCAUGUUCUACCAGGAGACCAAAGAGCUCCGGAGCCACCUGAGCCAGGAGCAUGGCGUGGUGGAGGAGCAGGAGAUCAAGCACACCACCCUGUACGCCUGCGAGCUCUGUGCCGACGUCAUGCACGUCAUCAAGAAGUCCUUCAUCUGCAGCAUGUGCAACUACACCUUCUCCAAGAAGGAGCAGUACGACCGGCACAUGGAGAAGCACCUGGCGGGCAGCAGCAAGACUUUCAAAUUCCGAGGGGUCAUGAGGCCUGGUGCUGCCUGCAGGGAGGGCAGGGAGAAGGUGAAGGAGGAUGGAUCCCUCCGGGAGGGAAUGCCACCGAGCAAGAAGCGGAAGGUGGCUCACCACGGCAGCUCAAUCCCACACAGGUCACCAGUCCAUCUGGACCCCACGAGUGACCUUCAGCUGGUAGAAGCUGGAAGCCCCAGCCUGCAGGUUCCCACUGACUCUUUCCCAACAGCACCUGGUGACCUGGGAGCACCCCAACCCUCCGUGAAAGCAGAAGUCCUGGUGGGUGACUUCUCGGAGCUCCUGGCAGAGAUGGAGAAGUCCCCUUUUGACCCCUUGCCACCACCACCCUGCCUGUCCCCACCUCUGCCACCGGCUGCUGUGGGCAGCCCUGAGCUCAGCCACAUCGCUGGCCUGUCCAUCGAGGAGCUGGAGAAAGGAGCCUUUGAUGGGAAACCACUUCCUUUCUUGGACUCCCCUGAGUUUCCCAUCGACCUUGCUGGCUUGGCUUGUCAUCAAGCCACCAACCAAAAAGUGUCCCCUCCCUUCCUGUCCCAGAAACAUGGCUGUGCCCAUGCUCAUAAAACAACCAGCACAGGCAGCAAAGAUGAAUACAGGGCCUGUGUCCUGGAAAAUCCCAGCACAGACACCAAUGCCAUGGAGGGGAUCCCUUUCCUCCAGCUUGCCAAGAAGGUUUCAGAGCUUCCUUCCCCUAAGGCAGAGUCUCCACAAGCCACGGACACCCACAAAUGGGGCAGCCCCAGUGGCAGUGAUGGCUCUGCCUGGGAAGGUGCAGCUAAGCCAGCAUCUCCAGAAGGUGCCCACCAACCCCUGCCCCCGAAGGACAAGACAGCAUCGCCCACACCCAACAGAGCUUCCAAAGAUGCGGUGCCACCAAAGAAAACCGUGGGUAGUGAGGCUGCUCCGGGUGUGGGCAGCCCCGAGGAGGGUCAGCAGUCCAUCUCAGGGAAGGAGAAAUCCAUGCCUGAGGCUAAGGACAGCAGCACUAACACCAAGGACCAAGGCGGCAACCCAGGCAAAUCCAGCGGCCCCCAGCCCAGAGAUGAGGUGGCCAGCAACACCACGAGACACGGCCACGCGGAGCCAGGCAGAGCCGCCGGCAAGCUUCACCCCAAGAGGAGGAAAGAACACAAGUCCUUGAGCCACCGGAGCAGCUCUGGCUCCCGGGAGAACAUGGAAGGGGAUGGGAAGAAGAAGAAAGCCCGGCCACCAUGCCCGGGCAGGGGCGAGAGCACCGCUGAGCUAAAACGUGGCAGCUGGAGCAACGCCGAGGCUCCCGCCCUGUCCCCCGGCAGGAGGGACACGCACUGCAGCAAGCUGGCACCCAAGCCCAGAACGGGCCCCCAGCUGAAGAAGAUGGUCCUGGACCCUUACAACCAGAAGAAAGGGGAGCUCCGCCACGCCAACGGGGACGUGAAGCGCAGGAAAGCCAUCCUGGGCAAGAGCCUGCACCAGGUGUUGGCCAAGGGGCCAGCGCCGUCCCCGCGUGGCUCCUGGCACGGCCCCCGCGCCGCCCGCGGGGCCAAGGCGGCCGGCCCGGCCAGCUACCGCAGUGCUGAGUCCCAGAACAACCUGCUCAGCCAACUCUUUGGGCAGAAAUUAACCAGCUUUAAAAUUCCUUUAAGGAGAGAUACUUCAGAAUAAUUUAUGGAAGUGACUUAUGGUGAUCCUCAGCUGCUUUCAUGGGGUUUGCAAGGGAAAAAUUAUCAAAGCAUUAAAUUCGUUUGUGUAGCAUGAUUUCUCUGUCUAGCUUAAAUGAACUUGCACUGCAGCCUCUGUGAAAUAGUUUGCUUUGUGUCUACUAAUCUACUUUAAUUCACCUGAUUUAUCAUGCAAAUGCUAGAACUUUGAUGUUGCUGAUGAUUUUCAUGAACUGAAAUUGUAAUCGCUUUGGGCAGACUGAAUCGUCGAGAGCAAUUGCUUUAUUGCAGAAGUGCUGAGGUUAUAAGGAUACUUGCAAAUCUCAGACCCUUUUGAGUCUGUGUCUGUGUUAUCUUUGUACAAAGUACUUGAAGAGAUGAACUUCAUUCCAUAGACGUCUUAUUCAUAAGGUGCAGUACACUGUAGAAAGCAAAUUUUUUUUUUUUUUUGUGGAAGAUUUUGCACAAAUAAUCCCGUACAAUUCAUUUAAUUGGGAGCUGGCCUGAGCGAUGAUACAAUUAAAAAAUUAAAUUAAGACCCAAAUGUCCUAUAUUUUGACAGCCAUCCCUAAGGAUUUUGUUUCUACAUCGUCAAGAGAAGAACAACCCAGCUCUGGGGUUCUGGGGCUGUCGGAGCCCUCCAGAGGAUGCUGCCACUCUUUGACCACUGUAGACGAUGGGACUGGAGGAGAAGCGUCCCCGCGAGCAAACUGCACCUUGACACUUGUGACAAACUCUGAUUUUUUAGGGUUUUUUGGGGGUUUUUUGUGUGUGUGUGAGCGCGUGCGUGUUUUUUCUUUUUGUUUGUGGGGGUUUUUUUUUUGUGCAACGAGAAAACUGUGCCAAUUUACCGCAGCAAAUCCGGUACUGUGCGAGUGCCCUCAACGGUAUCACUUCUAAACUCUCUUACUGUAUUGACGUAGUGGCUCUAUAGGUAUCCGCUUGUACUAUGCAGUUACUGGUGCUAUUCUUCAUUUGUAAUGUGAAUACAGACUUCCUUGAUUGAAAAAAAAUGGGGAAUUGGUAGGGAGAAGCGAUUAUCUGUCCAAAAAAUGGAGCGGGAAAAGAGAAUUAAAAAAAAAAAAAAAGCCAAUUCAAGGGGGGAAAUAUUCAGCUUUAGGGAGAAAAAUUAACUUUAGGGGGGAAAAUCUGACUUGGGGGAAAAAUGCAACUUAGGGGGAAAAAACAACUUUAGGAAAAAUACAACUUUAGGGAAAAAGUUCCUCUAUGCUGGUACUCCAUAGUGUCGAAAAGGUUACGUCACAUUAAACGAGCACGUUCUACAACUGAACUUUUGGGUCCAGAAAGAAAUCUCAGGUGCAAAUGAGGACAUGGAAAGAUUUUAUUGAAAUACUCCCAAGUCAAGGAGGUGAAGUAAUGCACUGAUGUGAUAUGAACAGUCAGAGUACUUUGCGUCUGUCCUGCAAUGAUUUUUUUUGUUUUGUUUUAGAGUUAAAAGGAAAAAAAAAAAGAGGCUUUAUUCUGUUAAUAUGUAUCUUUACAAUUCUUUGUAUUGUAUAAAAAAACUAUUGUAGGUAAUUUACCUUGGGUGCAAUGUGUUCUGUCAAAAGUUUUUAUUUUGAUAUUUUGUCCAGAGAAGCAGAGAGAGAGCAGGAAACGCCGUUUUAUGAUGUUGUCCGUGUGCUUUUAAAGUGCCUCUUUAAUAUUGUUAAAUAAAGUAUGAGAUAAAAAUAUGGGGUGGUACUGUAAAGUCAUCCAUGAUUAAUCUUUUCAAAUAUAUUCCAAUAUUUUCACAGAAA